AUGAAUGCCUCCACACCACCCAAACCAGCUCGGAUAUUUCUACUCUCCCAACCGCGCAUGACUUCGAAUCUCCUGACGCGACUCCUAGGAUUGGAGGGUCAACCGAACAUAUACUACGAUGAAGACACAUCGUACCCGUUUGUCGACCUCGACCUCGUGGACACGACGAUGCAAUUACAAAGCAGUCCUGUGGACACAUGGACCGAAGAUGAGCGGAGCCGUCUCAAACAAGGAUACCAACGGUGUUUCGACAAGCUGGACCAAUACCGCGUCAAGGGAGAAGCCGAUGGCAAGGUUGUCUUUGCAAAGGAGCACUGUAAUCUGCUAUGGCGACCAGAUGCUGGGGGUGAUACAGUCUCCGCUGAAUUCACCGUCUCUGUCUCCUCCCAGCAGAAGAAUGGCCACGAUGACCGGCUUCAGAAUCCCACGGUGCUGCCGUCCGCGUACCUGGGAGACUGGAAACCCAUCUUCCUGAUCCGACAUCCGGCCCGGUCGUUCAUCUCUUACUAUCGAGCCUUUGUCCGGCUUUACGAAUCCAGGCCCCAGGCGGAACUGUGUCGUCGCGCGCAGGAUGAGUACAUAGAAUCGCAGCUGUCGUUCUCCUUCACCCGGUCCCUGUAUGACUGGUAUAUGGAAUACUCUGCUCUGAAAGAGGAUACGGCCGCGACGCCCGUCGUGCUAGAUGCCGACGAUUAUAUCAACCGCCCCGAACUGGUCAGUCGCCUGGCGGAUAUCCUGGGACUGGACGCGGACAGGGUCCAGUACACGUGGAGCCCCAGACGGGAUUGCCUGCGAAGCCCGAUUACCAGGGUCUGGAAGGGGACUGUGGCGUCGUCGAGUGGUGUCCGCAAAGACAAAGCUGCUGGGGAUGUAGACAUCGAAGAAGAGAAGAAGAAGUGGGAGGCAGAGUUUGGAGAGAGCAGAGCGGAGAUGCUUCAUAAGUGUGUUGUCGAGGCGAUGGCUGAUUAUGAGUAUCUCAAGUCCAAGAAGUUUUGCUAG